CUAUAUAUAACAGCACUAUGCACUCUUAACUCUCACAUUCCAAUUCAAACCAAAUUCACACACACCACACCAAGAUGCUUCCUCACAUUGUUUUCCUCUUUUCCCUUCUCCUAUCCACUUCCCAUGCCGCUGUCCAAGACUUCUGUGUAGCAGACCUCAAGGGCUCAGAUGGCCCUGCAGGCUACCCCUGCAAGACCCCUGCUACUGUAACCUCAGAUGACUUUGUGUUUGCUGGCUUAUCUGCACCAGGAAACAUCACAAACAUAAUUGGUGCUGCUGUUACCCCUGCAUUUGUUGGUCAAUUCCCAGGUGUCAAUGGGCUUGGACUUUCAGCAGCAAGGUUGGACAUUGGCCCUGGUGGUGUUAUCCCACUCCACACCCACCCUGGUGCCAAUGAGCUUCUAAUAGUGACCCAGGGUCACAUCACUGCUGGAUUCAUUUCAUCAGCUAGCACUGUUUACAUCAAGACACUGAAAAAGGGGGAACUUAUGGUUUUCCCACAAGGGUUGUUGCAUUUUCAAGUAGCUGCUGGUAAGACAAAAGCUAUUGGUUUUGCUAUUUUCAGUAGCGCAAGCCCUGGCCUUCAAAUCCUUGAUUUUGCAUUGUUUGCCAGCAACUUCUCUACUCCUUUGAUCACAAAGACUACUUUCCUUGACCCUGCCCUGGUGAAGAAGCUUAAGGGUGUUCUUGGUGGCAGUGGCUAAGCCUUGUUCUUUUAUGAGUUGUUAUCUUUACUGAUUCCAUUCUUGUGUUGCUUCAAUUCAUUAGAUUUUGUCUAGGUUUCCUAGUCAUUGCAAUAAUGCAUUCCUUGUGUCUAUGUGAUGUCAUAAAUUUCAGUGUUUGGUUUUAUUUUGUUGAUUUCUCUAAAUGUUAAGGGUUUAAUUUGUCAA